AAACAGGCAAACACUGUCCUACUGCCACUUCGACUUCCCACGCUAUAAAUACUGCGCGACGUCGUCUCCACGGAAACCCUAAGGAUUCUUUUGGGUAGCUCCGCUACUUCUCCGCUGAAGGCAAUGGCGCCGCAACAGCCAAAUUCUGGGCUCUUCGUGGGUUUGAACAAAGGGCAUAUUACUACCAAGAAAGAGCUUGCACCACGCCCCUCUGAUAGAAAGGGGAAAACCAGUAAGCGAGUACAUUUUGCCAGAAGUCUCAUUAGGGAAGUUGCUGGGUUUGCUCCUUAUGAGAAGCGAAUCACAGAGCUUCUUAAAGUUGGGAAAGACAAGCGGGCACUGAAAGUUGCUAAAAGAAAGUUGGGCACCCACAAGAGAGCAAAGAGGAAGCGUGAGGAGAUGGCAUCUGCUCUUCGAAAAAUGAGAGCUGCUGGAGGUGGAGAGAAGAAGAAAUAGGCAAUUGAAUUUCCACAUAGACCUUUUUAGGGAAGGAGUAACUGAGUAGAAGUGUUGUUUCACUUAUUUGUUUUGUUAAUCUGAAGUUUGUGUUUUACCAGAAGAAUUUUUAUGCGAAUGAGAACUUCAUUUGCUGAUGAAAGUUCCUUUUUUCAAAGUUAACUGAGAUUAUGUUGGUUAUUCCUGGAUUAUUGUCAUCUGUUGCCUUUUCUCAACAUGUGGCACUAGUUAACAUCUGGAGUGUAAUGUGUGCUGUGGUGAAUCCUGAAAUGGAAUGACAAUGAUUCGAGCUUAUACCUGAAUCUGAUUCAAGUCAAAA